ACUUUUAUUAAGUUGUAUUGUUUUAUUGACAGUGCAUACAUCAUAUCUUUUGACUUUGAAGGCUAUCUCACAUCAAAGGAAUUAAAUUACGUUGUGGAGGAUUUAGCUGGAACCCCUCGGGUGUUGGCUGAGGGUGGUGAAAUGCCUACUAAGACAUGAAGACUUUGGCCACUAGUUUCAUCCUUGGGAACCUGGUGUUGGCCUUCAAUCUACCUUUGGUGGCGACUUUACCUAAAACACUGGCCAUUCCUGAGAAACUGCAAGAAGCUGUGGGGAAAGUUAUUGUCAAUGCCACAACCUGUACUGUCACCUGUGGCCUUGGCUAUAAGGAGGAGACCGUCUGUGAGGUGGGCCCUGAUGGAGUGAGAAGGAAGUGUAAGUCUCAGCGCUUGGAAUGUCUCACGAACUGGAUCUGUGGAAUGCUCCAUUUCACCAUUCUCAUAGGGCAGGAAUUUAAGCUGAGCUGUCUGAGUUCAGACAUCCUGGAGAUUGGACAGGAAGCUUUCCGAUUCACCUGGAGACUUGCUCGGGGUAUCAUCUCAACUGAUGAUGAAGUCUUCAAACCUUUCCGAGCCCGUUCCCACUUUAUAAAGUUUCAGUCUGCUCAGGAGUAUGACUCUGGGACCUACCGGUGUGAUGUGCAGCUGUUAAAAAACUUGAGACUUGUUAAGAGGCUCUAUUUUGGGCUGAGGGUCCUUCCUCCUAACUUGGUGAACCUGAACUUCCAUCAGUCCCUUACUGAGGAUCAGAAGUUAGUAGAUGAGGGCCUGGAAGUGAAUCUGGACAACUAUUCCAGGCCUCAGCGCCCACCGUGGAAAAAGAAGGUGACCAUAGCUGUGGGAAUAGGAAUUGCCAGUGGUGUGACUGGUGGCGUGUUGGUGAGCAUUGCCCUGUGUGGUGGGCUGAGGGUGAUCCACAGCAGUGCCAGCCUUGAGACCUUACAAACCUUUCUGCGGAAGGGCUGGCUGCUCAGGAAGCCAAACUAGCUUUUCAGGGGAGUGUUCUGGCUACCUGAUUGUGGAUUAACUAAGAGGAGGGCUUCCACUACCAAAGGAGUGAGUGGGUGUUGUGAUGCGGGGCAACAUCAUGGUAGCUGUGGGCAAUAUUCUUCAACUCUGUGUCCCAGAUGGAUCUCUUCCAGAUCUUCCCUGCCCAUUAGGUACCCAGGAAACCUGACUGCAGGCAUCUCCCUGCUCCUGGGAAGAGUUCUGUCUUCCAAGUUUGCAUUCAUUUUCUACCCUUUACAGAUUGUAUGCCUCCCUACCUUGAUCUCCCUUCUGAGCAGUAUAAUCAUGUAGAAGGAUAUAAUAGCUUUUCUAGUGAAAGUGUUUUUUUCCUCUUCAAUAAAAACAAUUCCCAGUAGUUG